AUUGCAUCUGUAAUGUAUGAAAACUGAUUAACAUAGUAGUAUUAUCAGGUGCAUACUCGCAAACAGAUUAAGUUUAUAGCAAUGGACAAAAUUAGAAAUUUUGAAGAACUUAUCAGCGACUAUAUCGGUCCUUUUAAAACUGUAGUGGAUACCAAAUCAAGCAACCUAACGGCACCUGGAGAAAACUAUUUAAGUGAUAUCAUUAAAAUUGAUAUAGUUUUGAAAGACAAAAUUACUAAUAAAAAUGAAGAUUUGUCUUUGGUAGCCAAAUUGACUAUAAAUCAUGAAUUUAUGGGUCCCACGCAUAACAUAACUAAAAACGAAGUCAUUUUUUAUAGAGAUGUAAUUCCUGCAAUAAAACGCUUUCAUAGGAAACAUGGUUUACCAUCUCCCUCGUUUUAUCCAGAUUUUGCAGGAGGUCGAAUUAACUUGACAGGAGACGAGGACAAAGCGGAUGAAGACGCUGUUUUAGUCCUGGAAAAUUUAGUAACAAAAGGGUAUAAAAAUCAGGACAGGCAUGUUGGAUGUGAUUUGGCUACAUCUAUGCUGAUUUUAAAAGAUCUGGCAACGUUCCAUGCAGUACCUUUGGCAAUGCGGUUAUUGGAACCUGAAGAAUUUUCGACAUUGACUAAAAAAAUCUCCAUCGCAAUGCCACCAACAAAAAAGAAAGAUAACAAACCCCCAACCAUUUUUAAAAUAAUGAUAGAUACAUUAAACGCAAAUGACAAACACAAAACAGCGGCUGAUAAGCUGAAGAAAAUGCUGGCUGAUUUUUCGAAAGCAAUGGAGGAAGAUCCGGAAAAGAUGUUUAACAACGACACCAUCAGGACAUUUUCGACAAUCGUACAUCAGGAUGUGUGGAUCAAUAACACAAUGCAAGUUAUGGAAAAUGAUGUAGCGAUUAAAAAUAAGUUUGUUGAUUUUCAAAUGUGCCAACUUGGUAUGCCCGCUGAUGAUUUGAUUUUUUUCCUCUUCAGCAGUGUUGAAUUUACUUGCCUCAAAGAUAAUCUUGAUAGCUUGAUUAAACAUUACUACGAAUCAUUUAUAUCCAUCCUAAAACAACUUAAUCUAUAUACUGAAGAUUUUUCAUACGAGAAAUUUUUGGAGGAAUUUAAAACACCGGGAAAAUUGGCUAUUGUACGGACUUUGUUUAUGCUGCCAAAUGUUAUUUUUGGAGAGAAAGGAAAGGCAGCUGAGCACGAAAAAAUGAAGGAGAUGACAGUUGAAGACAUACAUCCAAUAGCGUUAAAGAAGAUGCUUUUAUUAUGCGUAGAAAGUGCUCAAAGGGAUUGGUUCUAAUUUUAUUAUUUUGUUGCUGUAAUAAAGUAAUUCAAAUAUAUUAUUUUUUAAGUCUU